CUGAAGAGGCUCGACAGCAUCCACCUGCAACUGAAAUCCCUGGCAUACCACGAGCGCAGAUCCACCAACAUUAACAGAUUCCUGUGGUGGAGGAUCCCAUCCCCACUUUAUGAACUCUUUUGGGCUGCGCACGCGCGAUGUUUCUUCAAAUGUGUUGCCGCUUCCGAGAGCCGUGAGAGAACCAUUAUUUCCAUGGGAGUCAAAACCCAUAUCCCUAAUCCCUCUGUCACCUUGCAAUGCAAGCACACAGCCCAUCUCUUUUCCUCCUCUUCUCUCCCCAUUUCCUUCUUUCUCCAAAAAUAUACCUUUCCCUCCUCUAAAUUCUCCCUUCCAGUCACUUUCCCUCCUAUGUUUCUCUCGCCAUUGUUCGCACAAACAUAAUUCCCUUAACAUCUCUCCCAUCCUCCACUCCCUCCACCAUUCUCAUAACCAUGGAGUUUCCUUCCCUUUCGCUCCUCCUCCUCCUCCUCCCUUUCUUCUCCCUUCCUUCCCCUACACAAUCCAAACUCAGCCCCGAUUACUACAACAAAACAUGCCCCAGUUUUUUUUCCAUCAUGGAAAAGGUCGUCUUCGACAAGCAAAUGUCAGCCCCCACCACUGCCGCUGGCACCCUCCGCAUCUUCUUCCAUGACUGCAUGGUGGGGGGCUGCGACGCCUCCAUUCUCAUCGCCUCCAAUGCUUUCAACAAGGGCGAACGCGAUGCAGAUAUCAACCUCUCCCUCCCUGGAGAUGCAUUCGACUUAGUCACACGCGCCAAAACCGCAAUUGAGCUUGAAUGCCCAGGGAUUGUCUCCUGUUCCGACAUCCUUGCGGUGGCGACGAGAAACCUCAUUACCAUGGUCGGUGGGCCCCGUUACGAUAUUCGAUUGGGACGGAAAGACAGCUUGGUGUCCCUCAUUUCCAACGUCAACGGCCAUCUCGCCACCGCCGAAAUGUCAGUAGAUCAGAUAAUCCCUCUCUUUGCGGCGAAUGGAUUCUCAAUUCAAGAAAUGGUUGCACUCAUGGGAGCACAUACCAUUGGUUUCUCCCAUUGUAAAGAGUUCGCGGACAGAUUGUUCAACUUUAGUAAGACCUCGGAAACCGACCCGGCAUACGACCCAGCAUUCGCAAUAGGAUUGAAGAAAUUAUGCGCAAAUUACACUGCCAACCUAGAACUUGCCGCCUUCAACGACGUUAUCACGCCAGGAAAGUUUGACAACAUGUACUUCAAGAAUUUGCAGAGGGGAUUGGGGCUGCUCAAGGUCGACAAUGACCUCGUCGUGGACAAGAGGACGAAGCCGUUCGUGACCUUGUACGCGGCGGACCAGAAGGCAUUCUUCGAGGCGUUUUCUCAUGCGAUGGAGAAGGUGAGCGUUUACAAGGUGAAGACGGGGAAGAAAGGGGAGGUGCGGCGGAGAUGUGAUCAAUUCAAUAACAUCAACACUUGAGAAGAUUGACGUCGGUGAUUAGGUAAUUUCCUUUGCGGAGUGCGGUGGCUGUUGCUUGUUCGGCCACCGCCCUUGCAAUUAAUUAUUAUUAUUUUU